AUGAAUAAAUGUGGAGUUUAUCCAACAAAAUUAGAAUUGCGGAUUAUUAUGAAUCAGAUGGAUAAAGAUAAGAAUGGACUAAUAACUUUUGACGAAUUUGCUGCAAUGAUGCGUAUACAAGAAAAAGCACAAAUUUCACACAGAAUACAAUGUCAAAAACGAAUAAUUAAUUUGUCAAAUGAACAACCAGAAAUACGGCAAGAAUUGCUUGCUCAAUUUCGUCUUUUCGAUAAAGACAACGAUGGGUUUAUUUUACCUGAAGAAAUGAAGAAAUUGAUAAGUGAACUUCGAUUGGGAAAGAACUUUCCGGAAAGUGUUGUGGAUCAGGUAAUGAAUUUGAUUAGAGAGAAAAGUUACUUUGAAAAUUAUAUUAAAUCGGAAGAUAUGGAUUAA